AUGUUGAAGGAGUAUAUAGUGAAGAACGAAGCCAUGAUCCAAAGCCAAGCAACAUCAUUGAGAAACUUAGAAAACCAAGUUGGGCAACUAGCUAAUGAGCUUAGAAAUAGACCCCAUGGUACAUUACCAAGUGAUACUGAGAAUCCAAGAAAUGUGAGCAAGGAACAUUGUAAAGCCAUCACUUUGAGAAGUGGGAAAGAGUUGGAGCAUUCCAAGAAAUUUUUUGGACAUGAGGGUGAGCCCUCUUCAAUCCAAAUAAAUGAGGAAAUCCAAAAAGAUGCUGAAAUUCCUAGUGUACAAAAAUCUACCUCGACCCAGAAUGCUGCUGGAAUGUCGCACUAUAAGCAUCUAGACAGCUCAAUUUCAAAGCAACCACCUCCAUUUCCCCAACAUUUUCAAAAGCAAAAGUUGGACUCACAAUUCAAGAAAUUUUUAGAUAUGUUGAAGCAGUUGCAUAUCAACAUCUCACUUGUAGAGGCACAUGAGAAAAUGCCUAACUAUGUGAAAUUCAUGAAAGAUGUUCUUAUAAGGAAGAGAAGCAUUAAUUUGAUGCCAAUGUCUGUUUUCAAGCAAUUGGGGAUCAGAGAAGUUAGACAUACUAUAGUUAAUCUUGAACUUGCAGAUAGAUCUCUUGCUCAUCCAGAUGGGAAGAUUGAAGAUGUGUUGGUGAGGGUAGACAAAUUCAUAUUCCCUGCUGAUUUUAUUGUGCUAGACUAUGAGAUGGAUAGAGAGGUGCCCAUUAGCUUGGGGAGGCCAUUUCUUGCAACAGGAAGAACUUUAAUAGAUGUGUAG